CCAGAGUGUUGCCAAGGCCAAAUACGAAUUUUUAUUUGGCAGACCUGAAGAGAAAACUCCAGAUACUACUAGUGAUCAUGGAGGAAGCACUUUACUCCCACCAAAUGUCACAAAUGAAUUUCCAGAAUAUGGGACCAUGGAGGAAGGCGGAGAAGGCCUAAGAACUUCUCUGGAGUUUGAUGCAGAGCCCCUGCCAUGCCGCCCACAAGGGCAGCACGGCGUCCAGCUUCCUGGUGGCUGCCACCCUGGGCUCGACAGUGUUACUGAAGGACCAAAAGAUGUUAGAGAGGCCCCCUCUCAAAGUCACCUCAAGGAACAAAGUUUACAACCCAUUGACUCUUUGAUUUCAGCUCUGAAAGCCACAGAGGCCAGAAUAGCUUCAGGAACGUUACAGGCUACAAAGGUACUGGACAAAGAUGGUGUUUCUAGCCUUUCAGUUCAGCAGGUGGGAAAAGAGCUGGACGCUGCCAGUUACAAAACACAGAGAGCCAACAAACGACUCCCUGCUGGCCAAGAAAAGUCACCAGAUAUACCUCUUUCAGCUGAAGUAACGACUGAGGAAGAUUUCUAUUUGAGCAUCCAGAAGGAUCUGACUGCACUGUUAACUGGAGACACUCAGGCCGAGCUUUCCCAGAUAACUAAGGAUGGGAGAGAAGGGGCUGUCUGUGUGCAGGAGCUGGGGGGCCCAGCAACGACCCACAACUCCGCGGGCAGUGUUGGUUUCUUGAAGGAGCAGAGAUCUGCUCUCGGCAGAGUGCACCCAGAGAGAUGUGAUCGAGGCGGCUCCCUGGGACGCCCAGGCCGGAUCAAACAUGUGGAAUUUCAAGGGGUGGAGAUACUGUGGACAGGAGGAGAUAAGAGAGAGACCCAGCAUCCUGUACAGUUUGAGACAGGACACGUGGAAAGGACAGCCUGUCCUGAAAGCAAAGAGUUUCCCAAAGUGCCAAGCCAUCUCAUCUCAUCUGCUGGUUUGUGUAAUUCAACUAGUUUAACCGAGCGUGUUAGGGAUGAAACCUGGAGAGCUCCUUCAGAGAGGCCCGGCACUAGCUCAGGGACAUUUUCCCCUGUGCAUCUUGAUGAGACUGGAGAGGAUGAGGUCUUCCUGAAGGAAAACAGACAUCUUGAGAAGAAACUGGAACCAGCGAGAAACAAGGAAAGGAUCGUUGAGCAAGAGGAGCACCUUAGGGGAGAAGAUGAAGAUACCCUCGGGCCCGGGUACACGGAGGACUCCACUGAUGUGUACAGCUCCCAGUUUGAAACCAUUCUGGACAACACUUCUUUGUACUACAGUGCAGAGUCGUUGGAGACAUUGUACUCGGAGCCUGACAGCUACUUUAGCUUCGAAAUGCCCCUCACUCCAAUGAUUCAACAGCGCAUUAAAGAAGGCGGUCAGUUCUUGGAGAGGCCACCGGGGGGAGGACAUCAGGACGUCCUGAGUGUCUCAGCAGAUGGCGGAAUAGUGAUGGGAUAUUCCAGCGGGGCCACCAACGGGCUGAACCAUCCCAGCGACUCCAUCUACACGAGAGGCACCCCGGAGAUUGCCUUCUGGGGAAGCAAUGCUGGGGUGAAAACAGCUCGGCUGGAGGCUCAUUCUGAAAUGGGGAGCACUGAAAUUGUGGAAAAGGAGACCUCAGAAAAUCUCAGUAAUGGUACCAGCAGCAACGUGGAAGCAGCCAAAAGGUUGGCCAAACGCCUUUAUCAACUGGACAGAUUCAAAAGAUCGGAUGUUGCAAAACACCUAGGCAAGAACAAUGAAUUUAGCAAACUAGUUGCAGAAGAAUAUCUGAAGUUUUUUGAUUUUACAGGAAUGACAUUGGAUCAGUCUCUCAGGUAUUUCUUUAAAGCAUUUUCUCUUGUGGGAGAAACUCAAGAACGAGAGAGAGUUUUAAUACACUUCUCCAAUAGAUAUUUUCAUUGCAACCCAGAUACCAUUGCUUCACAAGAUGAAGUCCAUUGCCUUACCUGUGCAAUAAUGCUCCUUAACACCGAUCUACACGGCCAUAAUAUUGGAAAGAAGAUGACCUGCCAAGAGUUCAUUGCAAAUCUCCAAGGGGUAAAUGGGGGUGUUACAUUCUCCAAGGAUCUGCUGAAAGCUCUGUACAACUCAAUCAAGAACGAGAAGCUUGAGUGGGCAGUAGAUGAUGAAGAGAAAAAAAAAUCUCCCUCAGAAGGUACUGACGAGAAGGCUAAUGGAACACAUCCCAAGACCGUCAGUCGAAUUGGGAGUACAACCAACCCUUUUUUGGACAUUCCUCACGACCCAAAUGCUGCUGUGUACAAAAGUGGAUUCUUGGCUCGGAAAAUCCAUGCAGACAUGGAUGGCAAGAAGACUCCAAGAGGAAAGCGAGGAUGGAAAACCUUUUAUGCUGUACUGAAGGGAACAGUUCUAUACUUGCAAAAGGUAAAAGCAAAAUAAAUAAAAAAUAAAACUCAAAGCUUUAUGAAAUGAUA